AUGGUAGAAAAAACCGGAAAAUCUCAUCUCUGCUCCACGUAUUCUACUUGUGCUUGCACUUUUCCUAAUCAUAGAAAUAAUUGUGUUAUAUGGAAUGACACUAUCUUUGACAAAGAAAUUGAAAAUUUUAAUGAAGGAUUAAAAACUCCUGUUUCCAUUAGAAGUUCAACUCAAUCAAUUAAUGUAGAAGAUAGAUUUAUUAAAAAUAAAAAAAUAAGAGAGAAACGUUCUGAGUCAUUUCCUCCAAGACGUUUUAUUUUUAUCAGGCAUGGUGAAAGACUUGAUUAUGUCUUUCCAGAAUGGUUUGAAAAGAUGGUAACAACUAAGAAAUAUGUUCUUACUGAUCUUAAUCAACCAGAUUCAUUACGUCACUUCAAUAGAAGUUUAGAGGAAUUUAAACUAGAUACACCAUUAACUAAUACUGGGAGUAUUAUGUCACAAUUAAUUGGUAAAAAUUUACAUGAAAAUAAUCUUGUUCCAGAUUUUAUUUAUUGUUCUCCAGCUUUAAGAUGCAUUCAAACAGCAUCUUUAAUAUGUAUAGGGGCGGAAUCAAAAACAUUAAUUAGAAUAGAACCAGGAUUAUAUGAAGAAAAUAUAUGGGUUGGUAACUGUAAUAAUAUUUCACCUUGUAUGACAAUGGAACAAUUAACAAGAUCAUCAAUUUACGGAAUCGAUUAUGACUAUAAACCAUUUAUACAAAUUAAUGAUCUUUUUUCUAAACCAGAAGACUACAAUGAAUAUAAUGCAAGAAUACAAAUGACAAUUGAUAACUUAAUAAAAAAUCAUGAUAAAGAUAAUUCUAAAAAAAAUAAAACAUUUUUAAUUGUUGGUCAUGCCUCCACCGUAGAUGUGGCAAUUGGUUAUUUUUCUUAUCCUAAACGUAAAAUUUCAAGAGAAGAAGGAAAAGAUAUCACAAAAUAUAUUCCAUAUCAUGGAGGUGUAACACUUGAAAGAAAUAAAAAUGGUGAUUGGGAAAAAAAUUUCCAAAGUUUAAAGUGUUAUUCAAUGUACAAAUUUGACAAUACUUGUGAUACUAAAUUUAUUCUACGAGAUAUCAUCAGAUGA